CUAUCUUUGUGUUAAAAUGGGGAACUUACAAGUUUAUGUAACAUACUCCAGUUUAUCUUUGCUGUUUGCCUUUCAGCUGCACUUGGCUGCAUGUUCAGAAUUCUAUGGACUUGUGGCUCGUGAUAUCCAAGGGAAAGAUGUUUCUAUGGAUGACUUUCGAGGGAAAGCCCUGUUGAUAGUUAACGUCGCAAGCGAGUGUGGCUAUACAGACCAACACUACMGAGAAUUAGUUGAACUUCAAAAUAAACUCUCCAGCAAAGACUUCGCCAUACUCGCCUUUCCCUGCAACCAGUUCGGUAAUCAAGAACCCAAGCGAAACAGCGGAAUCUUACGAUUUGCACGMAACACUUAUGGCGUCAAGUUUCCUUURUUUGGAAAGAUAAAAGUGUACGGAGAAGCAGCACAUCCCAUAUACAAGUUUCUGAUUCGUAAAACUGGCCAUCAACCCACGUGGAAUUUCAACAAGUAYCUAUUGGACCGCGAAGGAAACGUGGUUAAGUACUGGGAUCAUCAAGUAUCGCCGUUGCAGUGUUUGAAGCGCAUCAGUGAAWUGAUCACACAUGCCUUUGAUAAAGAUUUCCAGACAUUUCGAGUCAAUGGUGAACUUUGAAAGGAUUAUGUCUAACUUGACUGUGUGGUUUCCUAGUUUUGCCUACUGUGAUAUGCAAACUUAGUAUGUCGUUGUUAUAUACACCCUUUUGAUAAGUCCCGAGGUAAUACGUUCUCCGCACUUGACGUCAAAUUUAUUCUUUUGAAUU